UGAUAGCAAGGACUCCAAAUCGAUCAUCGAGUUCAUCGACGGCGCCUCCCACCGGACAUCAUCUGACACAAUGGCAGAUAAACAAAAUGCCCAGAAAAGUGUAAAAAUAGCCGCUGGGGCCGUAGUUUGUGUUGAAAGUGAAAUUAGAGGAGAUGUCACCAUAGGCCCCAGGACUGUAGUCCACCCAAAAGCUCGUAUCAUUGCAGAGGCAGGGCCCAUCGUGAUUGGAGAAGGCAAUCUGAUCGAGGAGCAAGCUCUGAUCAUUAAUGGUUACCCAGAAAACAUCACACCAGAUUCUGAGGUGGAACCAAAGACAAUGACCAUUGGCAUGAACAAUGUAUUUGAAGUUGGCUGUGUAUCACAAGCCCUAAAAAUUGGGGACAACAACGUGAUUGAAUCUAAAGCGGACGUGGGCAGGAAUGUGAUCCUCACCAGUGGCUGCAUCAUUGGAGCCUUCUGUCAGGUGAACACCUGUGAAGUCAUACCUGAGAACACGGUCAUCUUCGGCUCCGGAUGUAUGAGGCGGGUUCAGACAGAGAGACCACAGCCCCAGACUCUUCAGCUCGACUUUCUGAUGAAGAUUUUGCCAAACUACCACCAUUUGAAGAAAACUGUUAAAGCAGGCCACAGUGCUAGCUAAGAUUUAACUUUACACUUUUUUUAAAGUUGAAUUGUAAAUGGCUAGCAAACACUAAUUUAAAUGGAUCUUGCUGGAAAGAAGCAUGAAUGUAUAUAAUGAUAUAUGGACCUAGCUUCAUCAGUACCUUUUCUUAUUUACUGAUAUUUUCUACUCUAACUGCAACAGCUGAUUAAGCAUUUCAUCUUCAUCUUGCUGUGCUGAUGUACCGUUUCUAUGAUUAAUUAAAUAACCUAAAAAACA